UCCUGCUCACGCGAGACUUGGGGAGGCAUGGGGGCGGGGAGGGACCGAGAGACACAACAAACAUGGCGGCGGCCGAGGCUGCGACAGUGACGAAGACCGUGGCAGCGGCGACCGCAACGGCGUUGAAUAAGACGGUGGGGUUUACUCCGUUUGGUUGUCAGGAGACCUCUGUAUGGCUUUUCAAUUUUAGUUGAAAUUGCCUCCAUGGCCUUUUGGAGUCCCUUGGUGUGUCUCCAGAGUAAAUUUCAAUUACUCUACAUUUCAUCAAUGUUGGAGUGGCAGGAAAAAGGAGGAACUGAUUUGAGGUGAAAAGGUAUAACGAACUGUAAACUUUAAAAAAGCAAAGAUGGGUGAAAAGAAACCAGAGCCUUUGGACUUCGUGAAAGAUUUUCAGGAAUACCUGACUCAGCAGACCCAUCAUGUGAACAUGAUUUCUGGAUCAGUUAGUGGGGACAAAGAAGCAGAGGCUCUUCAGGGAGCUGGAACAGAUGGUGAUCAAAAUGGACUGGAUCAUCCAUCUGUUGAAGUUUCUCUGGAUGAAAACUCAGGAAUGUUAGUAGACGGGUUUGAAAGGACAUUUGAUGGGAAACUCAAGUGUCGGUACUGCAACUAUGCCAGCAAAGGAACAGCCCGGCUUAUUGAACAUAUUAGAAUCCACACAGGUGAGAAACCUCAUAGAUGUCACCUAUGUCCAUUUGCAUCUGCUUACGAACGUCAUCUGGAAGCACAUAUGCGUUCUCAUACUGGAGAAAAACCAUACAAAUGUGAAUUAUGUUCCUUCCGCUGCAGUGAUCGAAGUAACCUGUCCCAUCAUCGAAGGCGCAAGCAUAAAAUGGUACCAAUUAAAGGCACUAGGUCUUCCUUAAGCAGCAAGAAAAUGUGGGGGGUUUUACAGAAGAAAACAAGCAAUCUGGGCUAUAGCAGAAGAGCACUAAUCAAUCUAAGUCCACCUUCCAUGGUGGUUCAGAAACCAGACUACCUUAAUGAUUUUACCCAUGAGAUCCCAAAUAUCCAGACUGACUCCUAUGAAAGUAUGGCGAAAACCACACCAACUGGUGGCCUUCCAAGGGACCCCCAAGAACUCAUGGUUGACAACCCUUUGAAUCAGCUCUCGACUCUAGCAGGACAGUUGUCCAGUUUGCCUCCUGAAAACCAAAACCCUGCAUCCCCUGAUGUAGUUCCCUGCCCUGAUGAAAAGCCUUUCAUGAUUCAGCAGCCUUCUGCCCAAGCAGUAGUUUCAGCUGUGUCAGCAAGUAUUCCCCAGACCUCAUCUCCCACAAGCCCCGAACCUCGGCCAUCACAUAGUCAAAGGAACUAUAGUCCAGUGGCAGGUCCGAGCAGCGAGCCAAGUGCCCACACGAGCACUCCUAGUAUAGGAAAUAGCCAGCCAAGCACUCCAGCCCCCGCCCUGCCGGUCCAGGACCCUCAGCUUCUGCACCACUGCCAACACUGUGAUAUGUACUUUGCAGACAAUAUCCUGUACACUAUUCAUAUGGGGUGUCAUGGGUAUGAAAAUCCUUUUCAGUGUAAUAUAUGUGGAUGCAAAUGUAAAAACAAGUAUGAUUUUGCCUGUCAUUUUGCAAGAGGGCAACAUAACCAACAUUGAUUGAAAACAAUCACAUGAUGUUUUACCUGAUUUUGCCUUUUUGUAUUUUGUGGUUUGAUUUUUUUUUCCCCAUCUCUAAUUUAAGGUUUGUACACCUGAAAACCAAAAUCCUGCAUCCCCUGAUGUAGUAGAUCAUAUUUAUAGAACAUAAAAAUUUGACAGUGGAAACAAUUUUCCCAUUUUUUUCAUAAAAAUCUGGUCAUUUAUGUAUUAAAAUUUUAGACAUGUGUAUCCCUUUCCUUUCAUUUAGACAUUUGAGCAUUAGAGUGCAAUCAUAAUCUUCCAGGUGUUCAUUUAAAUUUCUCACAUUUAUGGUCGAUAAAACUUUAAGGCUUAUCUAUACUCUUAAUAUUUCAGUAUAUACAUCGAGCUAGAUGUAAUUUCUGCCAUAUUUCAAAAUGGUAGAAUGAAUUAUUUUCUCUUACAACUUAUUUCAGUGUUUAGUAGAGAAUUGCCUUAAAAAUUCGU